GAAGAAGAAACAGCAGCAGCAACAGAGCAGCUACGUCACUUGUUGAAGAACAGUAGUUUCUUUUCAAAGUGACGUGAAACCGCGAAGAAAAUGUAUGAAAUAAUCUCAAACCGGGUUUAGUGAAAACCUGAGAUUUGACGUAUGCGCGUUGAGCUAGCUGUAGCAUGACGUCAGAUGACUGAGCCGGCGAAAGCUAACGUUAGCCUGAGCUGUUAGCUGGAGGAUUAUGGCGCCUCGUUUACAGCUGGACAAAGCUGCGUGGAUCUGGACCGAGUCCGUGAGACCCGAGGACAUUAACCGGGACCACAUCGAGCAGGCCUACCGCAUCAGACUGCCGGCCUGCGCCGGCUGCAGGAGGAAUUGUAAAGGGAAUCCAAAUUGCCUCGUGGGUAUCGGUGAACAGGCAUGGCUCAGGGAGAUCGAUGAAAACACUUUCCACAAUAUUGACGACCCAAACUCAGAGCGUCGAGACAAGAACACAUUUGUUGGAUUGACCAACUUGGGUGCAACAUGCUACGUCAACACAUUCCUUCAAGUGUGGUUCCACAACCUUGACCUGCGUGCAAGCCUGUACCAGUACCACAGCGCCCGGGCACAGGAACACAACACAGACUCCGACUAUGAGCCUCAGUCCGUCUGUGAACACCUGCAGUAUCUGUUCGCUCUGCUGCAGAACAGCAGCAGGAAGUACAUCGACCCCUCAGCGCUGGUCAAAGCUUUGGGACUGGACACGGGGCAGCAGCAGGAUGCUCAGGAGUUUUCCAAGCUCUUCCUGUCUCUUUUGGAGGACACACUGUCAAAGCAGAAGAGCCCCAACCUGCAGAAUGUGAUCCAGCAGCAGUUUUGUGGGCGCUUCUCUUACGUGACUAUGUAAGUCCAGCAUGUUCACACUGACACCGU